AUGGAGACGAAGCUGCCCCCGGCCAGUACCCCCACCAGCCCCUCCUCCCCGGGGCUGUCCCCUGUGCCGCCGCCCGACAAGGUGGAUGGCUUCUCCCGCAGGUCCCUCCGCAGGGCCCGGCCCCGGCGGUCCCAUAGCUCCUCUCAGUUCCGCUACCAGAGCAACCAGCAGGAGCUCACGCCGCUGCCCCUGCUCAAAGACGUGCCGGCCUCGGAGCUGCACGAGCUGCUGAGCAGGAAGCUGGCCCAGUGCGGCGUGAUGUUUGACUUCUUGGACUGCGUGGCCGACCUGAAGGGGAAGGAGGUGAAGCGGGCGGCGCUCAAUGAGCUGGUGGAGUGUGUGGGGAGCACGCGGGGAGUGCUCAUCGAGCCCGUCUACCCGGACAUCAUCCGCAUGAUCUCGGUGAAUAUCUUCCGGACGCUGCCGCCCAGUGAGAACCCUGAAUUUGACCCUGAAGAGGAUGAGCCCAACCUUGAGCCUUCGUGGCCACAUCUGCAGCUGGUGUACGAGUUUUUCCUGCGCUUCUUGGAGAGCCCAGACUUCCAGCCCUCCGUGGCCAAGAGAUAUGUGGACCAAAAGUUUGUCCUGAUGCUCCUAGAGCUCUUUGAUAGCGAGGACCCCCGGGAGCGUGAGUACCUCAAGACCAUCCUGCACCGGGUCUACGGCAAGUUCCUGGGGCUCCGGGCCUACAUCCGCAAGCAGUGCAGCCACAUUUUCCUCCGGUUCAUCUAUGAACUCGAGCACUUCAAUGGCGUGGCCGAGCUGCUGGAGAUCUUAGGAAGCAUCAUCAAUGGCUUUGCGCUGCCCCUGAAGACUGAGCACAAGCAGUUCCUGGUUCGGGUCCUGAUUCCCCUGCACUCCGUUAAGUCGCUGUCAGUCUUUCACGCCCAGCUGGCAUACUGUGUGGUGCAGUUCCUGGAAAAGGAUGCCACCUUGACAGAGCAUGUGAUCCGGGGACUGCUCAAAUACUGGCCAAAAACCUGCACCCAGAAGGAGGUGAUGUUUCUGGGGGAGAUGGAAGAGAUCCUUGAUGUCAUCGAGCCCUCCCAGUUUGUGAAGAUCCAGGAACCCCUGUUCAAGCAGGUGGCUCGCUGUGUGUCCAGCCCCCACUUCCAGGUUGCAGAGCGGGCUCUGUAUUUCUGGAACAACGAAUAUAUCCUGAGCCUCAUUGAGGACAACUGCCACACUGUGCUGCCUGCUGUGUUUGGGACCCUCUACCAAGUCUCCAAGGAGCACUGGAACCAAACCAUCGUGUCUCUGAUCUACAAUGUGCUCAAGACCUUCAUGGAGAUGAACGGGAAGCUGUUUGAUGAGCUCACAGCCUCCUACAAGCUGGAAAAACAGCAGGAGCAGCAGAAGGCCCGGGAGCGGCAGGAGCUGUGGCAGGGCCUGGAGGAGCUACAGCUGCGCCGGUUACAGGGGACCCAGGGGGCAAAGGAGGCCCCGCUCCAGCGCCUUCCACCCCAGGUGGCCGCCAACGGGGGCCAGAGCUAG